AUGAGCAGGAAUGUUCUUAACAACACUAUUUAUAAUAGCUCCACACUGGUAUCUUCCAACCCCUCCGUCAACAUUGACCCAGACAACUACGUUGAAGUGAAUGAUUUCAUCACUCAGAUACCCUCUAAAGCGCAGAUACAAGAUAUUACUACGGAGUUACACUGCCCACUGUGUAAUGAUUGGUUUCGUGAUCCACUGAUGCUAAGCUGUGGCCACAACUUCUGUCAGUCUUGUAUCCAAAACUUUUGGAAGCAGCAAGCAAAAGAAACAUUCUGUCCUGAGUGUAAGAUGCUAUGUCAAUACAGCAACUGUACAUUUAACCUUGUACUGGAGAAGCUGGUAGAGAAGAUUAAGAAGCUACCCCUACUCAAGGGCCAUCCACAGUGCCCAGAGCAUGGAGAGAACCUGAAACUAUUCAGUAAGCCAGACGGGAAACUGAUAUGCUUUCAAUGCAAAGAUGCUCGAUUGUCUGUGGGGCAGUCCAAAGAAUUCCUGCAGAUCUCUGAUGCUGUGUGUUUCUUCACGGAGGAGCUUACCAUCCAUCAGGGUCAACUGGAGGCAACCCUGAAGGAACUUCAGUCCCUGAGGAACAGGCAGAAAGAUGCUAUUGCUGCUCACAAGAAAAACAAGCUACAUCUGCAGCAACACAUCUCCUUGGAGUUUCUAAAGCUGCAUCAGUUCCUGCACAGCAAAGAAAAGGACGCUUUAAAUGAGCUCCGAGAAGAGGGGAAAGCCUUGAAUGAGGAGAUGGAGCUGAAUCUGAGCCACAUUCAAGAACAGUGCCUCCUAGCCAAGGAGAUGUUGGUGAGCAUCCAGGCACGGAUGGAACAGCAGAACUCCUUCGACUUUCUCAAAGACAUCACACCUCUCUUGGAUAGCUUGGAGCAAGGAAUGAGGGUGCUGACACCCAGAGAGCUUAUCUCCAGAAAGCUGAACCCAGGCCUGUUCAGAGGUCCCAUCCAGUAUAUGAUGUGGAGGGAAAUGCAGUCCACUCUCUCUCCAGGCCUGUCUCCAUUAACUCUGGACCCUAAAACUGCUCACCCAAAUCUAGUGCUCUCCAAAAACCGAACAAGUGUAUGGCAUGGUGACAUUAAGCAGGUAAUGCCUGAUGAUCCAGAGAGGUUUGACUCAAGUGUGGCUGUGCUGGGCUCAAAAGGCUUCACAUCUGGAAGGUGGUACUGGGAAGUAGAAGUAGCAAAGAAGACAAAAUGGACAGUUGGAGUCGUCAGAGAAUCCAUCCUUCGGAAGGGCAGCUGUCCUCUAACUCCUGAGCAAGGAUUCUGGCUUUUAAGGCUACGGAACCAAACUGAUCUAAAGGCUCUGGAUUUGCCUUCCUGUAGUCUGAAACUGACUAACAACCUCAACAAGGUGGGCAUAUACCUGGAUUAUGAGGGAGGGCAGGUAUCCUUCUACAAUGCUAAAACUAUGACCCACAUUUACACCUUCAGUAGCACCUUCAUGGAGAAACUUUAUCCCUACUUCUGCCCUUGCCUUAAUGAUGGUGGAGAGAAUAAAGAACCAUUGCAUAUCUUACAUCCACAGUAA